CACAUACCAACAGGAAUGUAAACAUAGAGAAUAAUUUGUGCGAUCCUGGAAUGUGCCCCACCAAUCCUCUCCCUUUGGAAGUCAGAGAUUCCUGCUCAGUUUCAUACGAACAGCGAUUCGAACAAGUGAAUAACCCCGAAAGAAUAAAAAAAUUAAAAACAAUUAAAAGAUGGCCGAAUCAGAGAACAAUUAUCAACAAAUAGUCAGAGACAUUCAGCUGAUGCUGCAGCAGCAGGAAGAAAACCAUCUGCGUCAGAUGCAGCUGCUGCAGCAGCAGCUACAGCAGCAACAGCAGCAACAGUUGCAGCAACUGAGGGAGGAGCUCCUCCCUCAGCAACGAGAAGGUCCUCGAUCGAGUGAGGAGCCCCUCCCUCAGAAAGAGGAGUAGCGGCAGGAAGAUC